GGGAUUUUGUUGUGACAGCAGUAGAGUCACAAACCGGCGGGGGAGACGGUCUGAUCGUAGGCUUUUUUUCCAUCUUGAGUCAACAAUGGCCUUCAGCAAGGGAUAUCGCAUUUACCACAAGCUGGACCCACCCCCCUACAGUGUCAUAGUGGAAACUAGGACCAAGGAAGAAUGUCUCAUGUUUGAAUCGGGCGCUGUUGCUGUUCUGUCGGCCGCAGAGAAAGAAGCCAUUAAAAAUACAUACACCAAGAUUGUAGACGCCUAUGGAAUCCUUGGAGUCCUCCGCCUAAACCUGGGUGACUCCAUGCUCCACAGUCUGGUGGUCGUGACAGGAUGUAGUUCUGUGGGGAAGGUCCAGGAGUCGGAGGUAUUCAGGGUCACACAGACGGAUUUUAUAUCACUGAAGAAUGAUCCAGGAGAUGAGGACAAGAUCGCUGAGGUGCGAAAGGUCCUGAACUCUGGACACUUCUACUUUGCCUGGUCUUCCACUGGAGUCAGCAUGGAUUUGAGUCUUAACGCACAUCGCAGGAUCCUAGAAGAUACGACGGAUAACCGCUUCUUUUGGAACCAAUCUCUGCACCUGCAUUUGAAACAUUACGGCGUGAACUGCGACGACUGGCUGUUGAGGCUGAUGUGCGGCGGUGUGGAGAUCAGGACCAUCUAUGCCGGCCACAGACAGGCCAAGGCCUGCAUUUUCUCCCGCCUCAGCUCCGAGCGAGCCGGCACUCGAUUCAAUGUCCGAGGGACAAAUGAUGAUGGACAGGUGGCCAACUUUGUGGAGACUGAACAGGUUAUUUUCCUGGACGAUAAAGUCUCAUCCUUCAUACAGAUCCGUGGGUCAAUUCCUCUUUUCUGGGAACAGCCGGGAAUCCAGAAAAAGUCCAUUAAGGGUGUUUUGUUGCAACUGAAUGAGAAUCGGAACCUUAAUGGACUGGAUGAAAACCCCCACCUGGUUGGCUCUCAUCGCGUCAAACUGUCGAGGGGAUUCGAGGCGAACGCACCAGCGUUCGAAAGACACUUCACUGCUCUGCGGCAGUUGUAUGGCAAUCAGGUGAUCAUCAACCUGCUUGGGAGUAAGGAAGGGGAGCACAUGCUCAGCAAAGCAUUUCAGAGUCAUCUAAAGGCAUCGGAGCACUCAGCUGCAGUGAAAAUGGUGAACUUUGACUACCAUUACAAUGUGAAGGGAGGCAAAGCGGACAAGCUCCACAGUGUCCUCAAACCCAUGCUUAACAAGUUCCUAGAAGAGUGCGGGAUCUUCUACUACACCGGCGAGACGGGCAUCGCAAGGACUCAGGGUGGGACCAUCAGGACCAACUGCCUGGACUGUCUGGAUAGAACCAACAGUGUACAAGCCUUCUUUGCCCUUGAGAUGUUGCCAAAGCAGCUGGAGGAAAUGAGCCUGACGGAGAAGCCUCAGCUGGUGGCUCGGUUCCAGGAGGUUUUUCGGACCAUGUGGUCGGCUAAUGGAGAUUCCGUCAGCAAGAUCUACGCCGGCACCGGUGCCCUGGAUGGCAAGGCCAAGGCCGGGAAGCUGAAAGACGGAGCUCGUUCUGUGACCCGGACCAUCCAGAACAACUUCUUUGACAGUUCAAAGCAAGAGGCCAUAGACAUCCUGAGGCUGGGCUCCACACUCAACAGCGAUUUGGCGGACAAAGCGCGGGCCUUGCUCACCACCUCAAGUCUUUAUGUAACUGAGCCCGUCUUACAAUCAGCCUCCCCGAGAGUGCUGCUGGGAAUGUGUCAGAACUACCAAAAAUACACCAGGCCCAAGCAGAUCCGAGUGUGCGUCGGCACCUGGAACGUCAAUGGAGGCAAACAGUUUCGCAGCAUCGCUUUCCGCAACCAGACGCUCAACGACUGGCUGCUGGACGCUCCAAAGAAGGCGGACUACGUUGAGUUCCAGGACAGCAAAGCCAAUCCUAUAGACAUCUUUGCCAUUGGCUUCGAGGAAAUGGUUGAACUGAACGCUGGCAACAUUGUCAGUGCCAGCACUACUAACCAGAAACUGUGGGCAGCUGAGCUCCAAAAAAACAUCUCGCGGGACCACAAGUAUGUGCUGCUUGCUUCGGAGCAGCUGGUGGGAGUAUGUUUGUUUGUGUUCAUCCGCCCGCAGCAUGCGCCCUUCAUCAGGGACGUCGCCGUCGACACUGUCAAAACCGGAAUGGGUGGGGCCACGGGCAACAAAGGAGGCGUGGCCAUCCGCCUCCUCUUCCACACCACCAGCAUCUGCUUCGUCUGCUCCCACUUCGCUGCCGGCCAAUCACAGGUCAAGGAGCGCAACGACGACUAUAAUGAGAUUUCGCGCAGACUCAGCUUCCCCAUGGGUCGCCUGCUCUACUCGCACGAUUACGUGUUCUGGUGUGGAGACUUCAACUAUCGUAUCAACCUGCCCAACGAGGAAGUCAAGGAACUCAUCAAACAGCAGAACUGGGACGCCUUGACGGCCGGAGACCAGUUGUUUGAUCAGAAGAGCGCUGGAGCGGUCUUCCGGGGUUUUAUCGAGGGAAAGUUGGAUUUUGCUCCCACUUACAAGUAUGACCUUUUCUCUGAAGAUUACGACACCAGCGAGAAGUGCCGCACACCCGCCUGGACCGACCGCAUCCUCUGGAAGAGGAGAAAGUGGAACUUUGACAAAACAGCUGAGGAGAUGAAUGUAGUCGGUGCAGCUUCUACAUCUGAGGAUGAUGCAGAACAUCCUUGGAGCCCAGGCACUCUGAAAUACUAUGGCAGGGCCGAGCUUAAAACCUCAGACCACAGGCCUGUGGUGGCAGUCAUUGACGUGGACAUUCUGGAGGUCGACCCCGAGGCUCGGCACCAGGUCUACAAAGAUGUCAUCGCCCUCCAGGGGCCCCCAGACGGAACCAUCCUGGUCUCGCUCUGCACCUCCGGCCCCGAGGACUACUUUGACGACGCACUCAUAGAUGAGCUGCUGGACAAAUUUUCACAUUUUGGGGAGGUGAUUCUCAUCAGGUUUGUUGAGGAGAAAAUGUGGGUGACCUUCCUUGAAGGUUACUCUGCUCUUGCUGCACUGUCUCUCAGUGCGUCCACUGUCCUUGGUAAGAUGAUCGACGUCCGUCUGAAGAGUCCAGGCUGGAUCAAGAGUCUGGAGGAGGAGAUGAGCGUGGAAAGAAUCUGUGGGAGCAUCCCCACCUCAGCCAGCUCCACUCUGCUUGCUGAGGACACAGACAUGGGCGAUGAUGAUUACGACAUGGAGGGCGACGUGGACGAGGAAGUGGAGGAGAUUCUUCCCCAGCACCUACAGCCUGGAGCAGGCUUUGGCCCUGGAUCCUCUCCUCUCCCCUCCCCCCGCAGUAGCCCCUGUCCCUCCCCGACCCAUGGAGAACCAGCAGCUCCCAGCAGACCCAGUCGCGCACCACAACCUCUCCGACCAUCACAAGAUUUAAGUCCAUCAGCGCUGAGGAAAGAAAUUCCAGGGCCUCCUGUUGACUUCCAGCCUGGCGCCCCUACAUCUCUACCACUGGAGCCCAGACGCCCGCCUCCCCCUCGUCCCAAUGCCCCGCCAGCCAGACCUGCGCCCCCUCAACGUCCGCCACCGCCUUCAGGAGGCAUGAGUCCUCUUCCGGUUAGAAAGGACUCUGGAGGACCAAAAAGCCCUGCUCUCUCUCGGCCAGACGCUGCUGCAGGUCGAGGCUCAGCAGCUGCAGGAUCUCCUGGACCUCCCGGAGGUGCUCCCAGACCGAAUAUCCCUCCUCGAGCAGGGGUGAUCAGUAUGCCGCCACAGUCUCGCCCGACGCCUCCCUCUCACCCCGGAGCACCCAGACCUAUACCAGAAACGCACCCAGGGGCCCCUCGGCCCAUCCCAGACACUCACCCUGGAGCCCCGCGGCCUGUGCCUGGUGCCCCGGAGAAACCAACUGACCUGCCUUUGGGUCCUCCGCUCUUAGGACCACCUCCUGCAGUGAGACCCCAGGUUCCAUCACAAAUGCCCCCACCGGCUUCGUCCCAACUCCCACCACCGAUGCAGCCCACACUCCCAGCUCCUCUCCUGCCACAGCAAGCUGCGGCUCCUAAAGCAGGGCCUCCUCCUGCUGCAGCUCCCUCUCCUCCUGCUCCUGCUGCUGCUGCAGCUCCUGCUGCCACCGUUGCUGGAACUCCGCAGGGUCUAUCUUCUCCUAAACCCCCACCACGUUCCCGCUCCUCUCACGCCCUGCCACCCGAUGCUGCCAAGGCAGAGACGGCCCCAGCUGCACAGACCAAUGGACUGAAUGGAAUCCAAAGCGAAGCACAAUGGAAGCCUGACCCCUUCGACACACUUGCAUCGGAUUUCUUCUCCUCUUCCUCGUCCUCCUGGCGCACCACCCAGUCCCUGACCAGAGGUUCUUCUCUGCGUGCUCCCCCCUCCGUUCCUCCACCUUUAUUUACUUCCAGCACUCUCCCUUUAUCCUUCUCCCUCCAGCCAUUCGCCCUGUCAGACCAGCAGGCACUCAACUCCUCAUUGUCGUCCUCCUCACUCUCCACCCCGUCACCGUCUGCCUCCACAUUGCUCCCGCCUCCUCCAGUACCGUCUCGCAGUCGCUCACAGGAGAUGCUCCGCGCUUCCCCCAACCCCUUCCCGACUGACCCGCUUCCCGCGCGACCCAGCAGCACCAAUCCCUUCACGGGACCUCUGGCGCCGCAACAUCAGCAGCACCGCUCGCUGACCCCAGACUUCAGCACCCAGCGUCCCGGCCUCACGCCGAACCUUCACAUGUCCCUUCAGCCGCUCAUCCCCACCCCUGCUUCAGCUGCACCUGCACCAGCCUCCCAGCUCCAGAGGACCAUGUCACUUUUCACACCAUCAUCCACUCGCAAUCCCACACCUGCUUCUCUGCCCCCCUUCACCCGUGACCCAUCUCCUGCUCUUUCCUUGCCUCUGGCACCGCCCUCCUCUAUUCCAUCCCGCUGCCAGCCUCCUCCAGGAGGAGGCAAACUCACGCAGCAGUGGGUCACUUUCGAUGAUGAUUUUCCAUCCACGACCAAAACGUCACGUCAAACCCCCAUCUUCCCUUCCGCUUCCCUCGUGCCCCAAACUCAGACUCAGCCUUCACUCUCCGCGCUCGACUCGGAGCCCGACUGGUUGUCCGCACCCACGUCGGUAUUCCCGACCCCUCCUCCUCCCGUCCCAGCGAGAACUGCAACUGGUAACCCAAAACUCCCAGAGGCGCCCAGUGACAGCUGCUUCUUCCCCAGGGAGACGACAGAAAGAUAGGUUCACCCUCAGUGUGUAAAGGGCACAUGGAGAUAUGUAUAGAUCUAUGACAAAUGUGUAUAUGUUUGUGUGUAUAAUAGAGACAAUAUUUAAGAAGUACAGACCAUUCCCCCCCCCUUCGUAAUCACAGGAAGUGAUUUAUAUCUGGUGUAGUAACAUUGUGUUCCAAGUUUACCACAGAUAUAUUUGCUUGUUCCCUGUUAUUAGCAUUUAUUCUUGAAUUUAUUUUUAUUUGUAGCAGCACACGUGUCCACAGUACACAGUUAUACAAAAGUAUAUCUUUGCGGACAAAUCGUUUUCGUGCGAGCACCGGUGCAAUAUUGAGACACACCUCACUGGCGGCCGCAUUCGUCGUGCGAGGUUUCACUUUUAAAUUAACGUCACCUUCUCUUCAUUUACUAAAGAUCUGCGGUCGGUAUCCCUCGUGUCAGAUUCUCAGAGUCGUUUUCUCUGAAAGCUAUGCACUGCAGGUUUCGCGAAGAGGAAAUCGUCCUUUUUCGGUAAUGACUGAAAGGUUCACAUUUUUAACGUCGUGUGUGCGCUUUGCUUUCGUCAUGAAUGUACUUUAUAACUGCAGCAGCAUGAGUCGGUGUCAUAGUCAAACUGGUCACUGCCGCGGGACUGAUGCUCUGUUAUAUCAUCUCAUCCACUCGAUAGUCAGACUUUUUGCGCUCUCUUCUUCAUCAUUCUGUCUAAAGGUCUUAAAGCUUCGCUGGAUAUAUUUUCUCGCUCUAUAUCAACCUCAUACAUAGCAGUUAUGUAUACAUUUACGUUUUCAAUUUGGAAACUGCUCGUUUACGGUGCGUGCGUGUGUGUGUUUGUGAUGACCGUAUCAUUGGUUUUGCACACUGUAACUGAUACGCACUGAUGCUGUUUGUGCUCUCUUGGUUGUAUUGUUGUCAGUGGCCGAGUGACAAAAAGAAAAUGUGCAGACGGAACUUCUUUUCCUUCACCUCCAUUUUGAUUUAUCCAAACUCAUACUCUUGUAGAUACAGAGGAUGUGUGUGUGCUUGUGCGCGUGGACUUCUGUUCCUGGAAGUAUGAUGUAAUUUGAGUCUGUGGGCAUGGCCUCGAACACAUGCUGUGCAUAAUAAUAAUAAUAAUAAUAAGAGGGCACAUUUUUUUCUGACUUUGUUUACAGGCUUAAGUCAUGCUUUUAAUUUCCAGGAACAUUUACUCUAAAUAAUCUAUUGUUGAUACUGUGGUGAGAAGUAAUGUGUUGUGUUUGAGGUACAUAUUGUCCUGUUUAUGUGUUUGACAGUGUUUGUGUUUGGCUGUGCGUGCGCGUGUGUGUGUGUGUGAGUGUGUGUGUGAGAGCGUUCUCCCCCCAGGAAGUCUUCUCAUGUAAGAACACACUGUGUAUUUCCUUACAGGCUCUCUGAGUCUAACAGCCACUGUAUUAACUCACUCAUGGCUGUAAUUGUGUUUUGGGGCUGACAACAACAGGCAUCACUGUAUGUGAAAUAUUAACAAUACAGUACAAGGGGCUUUUUCCCCUCCGUUAUAUCGCCUGACACAGAUGGAAGCUUACUCGUCACUUGCACUGCAAAUAUUGACUCAAAUAUUGACUCAGCGACACCGUAAGCUCGCACCAAAACACAUCACCACGCGAACAUCCCCAUCUGGCCAUUUGUUGUGUUCUUCCGUGACCCACAUUCCACACAGGAGUGUGAUUUGAGUGUUGCAGCUUCCGCAGGUUCACCUGUGAUAUUUGACCCAUUGCUGUUGAGGGUAACUGUUACUGAGCCUCACUGAAGGUGUGCGUGCGUGUGGUGUUGUCAGUAUUUCUUUGACGCUGUACGACUUUACUCUUUGACUGCCGGUGAGUUUUAUAGGUCAGCAGCCAAUGAUAAGCAAUAUGUGCGAUGAUGUAAAGGAUCAGCGAGAGCGUAAUCCCCCCCUUAAUAUAACAACUGUCGGCUGUUGCAGAUGAAUCAAAUGUGGUUUCUCUGAAAUCUCCAGGAAGUCAUGUAACCGGCUGAAAUAUCUUAAAAAAGCAUUUUCAUGGUUUAUGGAGCAUUAUAAAGGUAUGAACCAAGAAAAUACCAGCUCAAUAAUGCUUCUGCGCUCUGUUUAACCAUAUGAAUAUAAUAAGACACUAUAUCUGCAUUAACAGUAGGUGACUAGCCAGUGCUUUGUGUCAUUGUUGUCAUGUUCCAGGUUCAAAUUUUAUAGGAAACAAAUCGCUCCUUUUGUGAGGUCAUCGUGUCGCCUUUUUAUGGCUAUAACCCCCAUAGUAAAUAAGAGUCUGUGUUGUUGAACAUAUUCUGUACGUAUUCAAGAGAAAACAUGAAGCUGCGGUUCAUGUUAAAUAUCCAGCGUUCCAUAUUUUAUGUGCACAGCUGAUUGCACAUUUAUGUAUGAAGCAGUUUAUGUUGUAUGUAUGCAAAAAAUAAAUGUAUGUUGACCUGA